AUGCUUUCUCGAGAUAGCCUUCGAUAUCUUCGAGCACGUACAUUUAGUGAUCGACUCACGAACACAUACACAUGUCCCUUCUGUAGCAUCCGAAGCCUUCGACUCUCGUCAAAUGUCUUGAAACUGUCAAGUAGAGAACGAGGGUCACGACUCACUUCGCACUCGCAAACUCGGCCCUUCACACAUGGCACAACUGCACCUCAAGGAAUUCAGACCUACUUAGGCAGCGCAGCCUCACCUCUUGAGGAUACACCUCUCCCUGCGGUUGCGGACCUGUUUGGGAAAUCUAACAAUGUGCGCGAAUAUCUUCGGCAGUGGAGUUCGGAUUACCAGGAAACCAUUAAAAGCAAUGCACCCUCGGAAGUACUCCAGACAGGCCGAAGUGUCAUACUGCCAAAUUCUCUGUUUGCUCGUGACGAUUCAACCGGGGACGUGGAACCGGCAGAAGAAGCAUUGGAUACCGAGCACAAUGGUCAAGAUGAGGACGAUGAUAUUUCAACUCAAGGUGCGAUGAGAUUUAGAAGGCCGGGCGAUCUAUUUAUCAUGAAAUCCAACAAAUUACGUGCUCAAUUGGCUAUAUGUCUCGGUCAGACUGAAGCUCAGCACCAGUAUCUUCUUCAAAGCGGUUCGUGGUUUGUUGACACACAGGCUCUCUUUACCGGCUAUACGAUACCUAAUUUCGCUACUGAGGAGGAAAUGGCUCCGAUCAGGAACAUCAUGCCAGUCAAGCCUGUCCAGCGCACGCAGGCCGAGUCUGGGAGUGAAGUCUAUCAACACGCAUCUGGUGAAGUGCCACCACACUUAUCUGCUGGAUUGUUGAGAAAGUUUACAUUGCUCGGCAAGGAAAUAGAACGAUGCAGACGAGACUACGCAGACUUGCUUGACAACGUCUACAAUCAGUCUGCUGACGAGACAAGCUUCAAACACUUGACUUUACAAGAGCUUGCGAGCAACUUCCUCAGAAAAGAUCUGGAGGCUCUGAGCCCCGGUACUCACAUGUUUUUGUAUGACAAACUGGUAGAAGAUGAGCGCUUCCUUGCAAGACAAUACAAGGACAGCACUUCGAUGAUGCUUGUCCCACGCCGUAUGUGGAAUGCUAAUAAAGACGUGACGGAGUGGGCUCGUGCUUAUCAAGAAGCUGCGGCUCAAGCCGCAGCAGGCAAAGAAGUUUACCAAGAAUUGAGGAACAACCCUCUGACACAGUUCAUCAGCAAAGCCCGAAGACUCAUUUCGAGAAGUCGUAAGCUGCGCGUUCCUACCUCCUUCGGUGUGCUGAGCCCAACUCUCAAGGACGCAGUGCCCGGAUCUGGUGUGGUGGAACGCAGAAGUACGGGUGAAGAGUUCGAUACUAACGACCGGAAAAUCAUCGAAGUCUUGUGGAAUGCCUACAUAAAAAGACCUUGGAUCGCAAAACAUCAAGCUUCGAGUCGGACGAAUUCGAUCUGCUCGCUCAUCUUGAGGGCUGUCGGUGCUUAUCCGGCUUUCGAGCUGGACAGAAGAAGUGGCAGUCUUUUCCUACAAGAGAUUGGCUGUUUGGACCCGUGGUAUCAGACGGACAAUUACAAGGUCACUCUGCCUGAACAUUUUUCGGGGUUGAACCUGAAGGCAAACCAGUUGAAAGACAAGGAACAAAAUGCGCUCUCGCAGCUCAAUCUCAACGACUUGCAUCCACACAUACCACCCUUUGCUGAUACCAUGGCUGACCUUCGGCACGACUGGGGCGACAUGUUAGCCUUCUGCAUCGAUAGUGCCGAGACUCGGGUUGUUGACGAUGCCAUUUCUGUCGAGCCUUCCUCCGAGCAUCCCGACCAUUACUGGCUUCACAUUCACAUAGCUCAUCCCUCAGCCUUUAUCCCCAUCAAUCAUCCCUUCUUUGAGAGGGCUGAAUAUGCGACCUCAGCGUACUACAAUCCAGGUGGUCUCAUGGAGCCUUACUUUCCCAUUGAGAUCACGGACAGGUUGUGUAUCAGCCCUAACCGACCAUCCCAAGUGUUGACAUGCAGUACCUUACUCCAUCGUAACGGCAGUAUCAAAGAUGUCAAGAUGACUCCUGGUCUCUUGCGAAAUAUAGUGAAAAUUGACAAUCAUCGGCUUGCGGAAAGCUUCAAUCCAACUUCCACCAGCAAACACAGCCAUAAGGCUGCUCGAGGGAAACGUGAAGGCGAAGAUAUUCGAAAGAAGCUCGAAACGGCAGCGUACCAUCAAAAACAAGCAAAGCUACUCAAAACCCAUAAUGAUACAUUUCAUCUAUUGCAAGACUUAUUGUCAGCUCGUUGGGUGUCCCGGUUGGAGGAACAACCAGAUCGUCUCAAAAUGCCAAAAUUCACACGAGGAUCCACUAGUCUGUUUGUGAGUGAUGUGAGUUUUGCUGACCGAAGCUAUGACAGGCUCUUCAGAAGCGAGCAUUGCUAUGGCGAUCCAACAAUUCAGGUCAGCACGUUGACUUCUACAACUACGGAAACAUAUGAAGAACAGGGUAUUAAGUAUGAUAUUGUGGGUUCGUCAAUGCUUUUGUGUGCGGAAGCUUUUGGUUAUUGGGCUCGACGCCGUGAGGUUCCAAUCAUUUAUAGAGCUCAAGAGUGUCACCAUGCUUUUCCCUUGGAAAGGCUAAACACCCUGGGACCGCAUGAAGGUUACAUUGCUCCAAUACCUGGAAGCAGCCUUAGGCCAGCGCGUCACGUCACACUUGGCAUGGCUCAAAUGUCAUGGUGUACCAAUCCCCUGAGACGGUUUUACGAUCUCCUCAACCAGUAUCAGGUGGAUGCAUACCUUAAGGCUGAAGCAACGGCAGCCCACGGUUCGUCAGGCUCGAACAGUCCUGAUGCUGAAUACCCUUUUGCAACGUCAAAGCUAUCAACCUAUAUCGAGACAUUAGACAUGAUCGAACUAUCACGAACUCAGACAUCGGCUGUUUCGCAAUGGGUAUUGCUCGCACUCUUCAGAGCCUUUCACUUCAAUGAAGCAUCGUUGCCUCCUGUCUGGGAUGUUCUUGUAGAGAAUCCUUUGCAAGUCGGCCUGUCUCAGGCAAGUGAAGGAUACACGCGUGCAACACUUGCACGAUACAACCAUCCUAUCUACCUAGAACCAUCUCCAGGGCGAUACGAAAACAAGGGGAAAUUUCGACAGCACCUGCCAGUCAAAUUGACACGGAUUGACUAUCGAGAAAAGGCCAUCUAUGGUAUAGCGAUCGGCCCUCCCUCGGAUACGCCAUACAACCAAGAUCAAUACCAACAGGAUUCGAUGGCCGCUCAGGUAUCAGAUACGGUAGUUCGAUGA